GAGUGAGAGCGCUCCUGCCUGGGGGCUGGAUUCUCUUCCUGCGUCCCGGGAGAACGCGAAGGAGCUCCCAGCCAUGGAAAGCCCCGGGCAGCCGGGGGUAGGCCCUCUCGGAGCCCCCAGCCCGUCCGGCGUCGCUCCUGGGCACCUGGACAGAGGAAAGUUAGUGAAGUUAGGCGUCUCCCUGGAGGGCUCAGUGCUGGUCUUCCCCGACCUGGUCCAGCUCAUCUGCACCUACUGCUAUGCCCGGGACAUCCUUCUCCUCCCACUCCAGCUCCCCAGAGCCAUCCGACAUGCAGCCACCCACAAGGAACUGGAAGCCAUCUCCCAUCUGGGCAUUGAGUUCUGGAGCUCCUCCCUCAACACCAAGGCCCAGCCCGGCCCCUCGGAAGGCCCGCUGCUGCCCCGGCUGAAGCCUCGGUCCCCCCAGGAGCUGGACCAGGGCGCAGGAGCUGCCCUGUGCUUCUUCAACCCCCUGUUCCCAGGGGACUUGGGCCCCACCAAGCGGGAGAAAUUCAAGAGGAGCUUCAAAGUGCGGGUGUCCACGGAGACCUCCAGCCCCCUAUCUCCUCCGGCUGUGCCUCCUCCCCCGGUCCCCGAGCUGCCGGGGGCAGCCCCCCGCCAGACGGAGAGGCUGCCUCCUCACCAGCUGCUGCGGAGGGAGAGCUCGGUGGGGUACCGCGUGCCCAGCGGGGCCGGGGCCGGCCCUGGUCUCCCCCCCCUGCCCUCCCUGCAGGAGGUGGACUGCGGCUCCCCCAGCAGCUCGGAGGAGGAAGGGGCCGAGCGGUCGUCUGGAGGAAGCCCGGCCACCUCGCCCCACCUGGGCCGCCGGCGGCCCCUGCUGCGCUCCAUGAGCGCAGCCUUCUGCUCGCUGCUGGCGCCCGAGCGGCAGGUGGGCCGGGCCGCGGCCGCGCUGAUGCAGGAUCGGCACACGGCCGUGGGCCAGCUGGUGCAGGACCUGCUCACCCAGGUGCGGGCCGGGCCCGAGCCCCGGGAGCUGCAGGGCGUCCGCGAGGCGCUGAGCCGGGCCCGAGCCAUGCUGAGCACGGAGCUGGGCCCUGAGAAGCUGCUGCCGCCAGAGAGGCUGGAACUCGUCCUGGAGAAGUCUCUGCAUCGCUCUGUGCUCAAGCCUCUCCGGCCCAUCCUGGCCGCCCGCCUGCGGCGCCGUCUUUCUGCCGACGGCUCCCUGAGUCGCCUGGCUGAAGGCCUCCGCCUGGCCCGAGCCCAGGGCCCCGCGGCCUUUGGCUCCCACCUGGGCCUGCCCUCCUCAGUGGAGGUGGAGCAGGUGCGCCAGAAGCUGCUGCAGCUGCUCGGCGCCUACUCACCCAGUGCCCAGGUCCAGCGGCUCCUGCAGGCCUGCCAGCUGCUGUACGCGGCACUGAGAUCCCAGGCUGGGGAGGGCGCAGGGGCUGAUGAGUUCCUUCCGCUGCUGAGCCUGGUCCUGGCCCAGUGCGACCUUCCUGAGCUGCUGCUGGAGGCCGAGUACAUGUCAGAGCUGCUCGAGCCCGCCCUGCUCUCUGGAGAGGGUGGCUACUACCUGACCAGCCUCUCGGCCAGCCUGGCCCUGCUGAGCGGCCUGGACCAGACCCAUAGCCUCCCCCUGACCCCCUCGCAGGAGCUGCAGCGUGCCCUCCGCCUCUGGGAGCAGCGCCGCCUGCCUGCCAGCCACAGCUCCCAGCACCUCCUCCGAGUAGCCUAUCAGGACCCCAGCAGUGGCUGCACCUCCAAGACCCUGGCCGUGCCCCCAGGGGCCUCAGUUGCCACCCUGAGCCAGCUCUGUGGCACCAAGUUCCGAGUGCCCCAGCCUGGCACGUUUGGCCUCUAUCUGUACAAGGAGCAGGGCUACCAGCGCCUGCCCCCUGGAGCCCUGGCCCACAGGCUCCCCACCACCGGCUACCUGGUCUACCGCCGAGCAGAGUGGCCCGAGGCCCCAGGGACCAGCCCUGGGGCUGGAACAGAGACAGCCAGUGGGGACCCAGAGCUGGGGGGCAAGGAGGAGGAAAAAGCGGGCUGGGGAGAUGGUGACAUGGAAGUCAAAGCCAGCCUCAGGGACAGCAGGGGAGAUUCUGAGGCAGCUGUGCAGGGGGCCAAGGAGGGUGAAGGCCAGCCCCAGGGGACCCCUGCUCAGCCAGGGGGGCCAGAGGCUGCGGGAAGUGGGGUGGCAGAGGAAUAGAUGAAGUGACUGACCGGAGUGUCCUUGG